AUGGUGGAACGAAGAGCGCAGCGGAAGAAGUCCCAUGGUGGGCCACGCGGCGAUGCAAAAGGAGUUGGCAGGUAUUUUUGGGGAGUGGCGGUUCUGGCUGCUGUGUGCCUUUGUCUUGUGGCAGCCCUGUGGCGGAGGGGGGACGGCCACAGCCUGUCUGUAGUGUGGGUGAACGAUACGAGGGACCUUCUCACUGGGCUGCAUCUGGCGAAGGAGGUGAGGAAUGUCACCACAAUUAGUCAUGUCACUGAUUGUAUGAUGCGGGUUGGUUUGACGCUGGAGAGCACUUUGGUCAGCGCAGCGGAUAAGGCAACGGCCAUAGCCGCGGAAAGGGAUGUGACGAAUACAGCGGAAACCUAUCGGAUGGCAACGGAUUUUAUUCUGGAAACACUCUCUCCCUUGCUGCAGAAGAAAUCUUGGGAUGCUGCUGUGCAGGAAUAUCAUGCGGAACCCAAGUUUAUUUGGCGGUGGAUAGCUGUUGCGACCUAUGCGUUGACGGCCGCUUUGCCGGAGUACUUCCUCGCCCUAGAUAAAACAGGAACCCACGGCGAGGCCCUGGUGGCAGGACUGCAGUUGUUACUGUAUGCAUCGAAUGCUGCUGCUUCGGCGUCGCCUCUCUUUGCGCCAGUUGCACACAUGCCUCUUGUUGAGUGUGCUCACUACGAGAAAAGUAGUCGAUGGAAGAAGUUUUGCGGCAGUGGGUUUUCAAAUCUCAGCGGUCUGGAGGUUCGCCGUGCUGCUAUUCUUGAGGAACUUAUAGCGCUCCACCCUGACUACGCCCCGUUGCGACUUCACUAUGCCGUCGCUCUCUCAAUGAGCCGCCAGGCUGCAAAGUCAGUCGUCGUUCUUGAGGUACUAGAAAGGGAGCGCUCGAAGCUUCACACCCGAACGCAUGUCGACCCUUUGCAUGGGGCAGUGCUGGGACUGUGUGAGGCUUUUAGGUCUUUGGUGGGGAAAAAGGAACGUGCGGAGACGGCGGUGAGGGUGUUGGAGGGGUUGCGCCAAAUCGACACGUGUGCUCGGCUCCUGCGGCCUUUUCACUCAAACUUGGGCAGCUGGCGUCACCGUUUCUCUGGACAAGAGCGACCAGAUGUGAUGGACAGGCGACAGGCAAGGCGUUUGUUGGACGCCAUGACUGAAAUUUUAAAGGAAAACAGGAUGUUGGAGUCCCUACCCGCUGGGCUAAGAGCGUGUGGCGAGACGGAUUGA